UUCAAUUACAAAAUUGGUGUUUAGUAGAGGUGCAAGCAACAUAACCUAGUUGUAUUGUAUCUCUCGUGCCCAAUAGGAUAAGCAUGAAUAAAUCCACACGUUAAUGAUGUCAUCAGUAGUUGAUAAGGUUUAUCAUCUCUUAAUUAAUAAGACAAAACCUGCCAAUUCCCAGUUGGUGUGAGUAUCUUUAUUGGAUUUGAUUUGGAUUAGGUGGAAUCCGACAACGCCCAACGAUGUCAUCAGGCCCGUAAGAGAGAGUGCGUCUUUAAAACUCGGACGUGGCCUAGCACUCAUCCAACAAGCCAAUAAACAAACACAUUUUCUUCAUUUUUUUUUUUUUUUAAAUAACUGACAGAUUUAAACAUUCUUAGCUGUCACCGUUGAGCUCUGUUCAAUUGAAUCGUUGAAUCUCUCUCGGUUGCCUGCCGUACUCUGUCUUCUCUCUUUCGUUCGUGCGAAUUAUUUUGCUCCAUGGAUGUUGCGGCGGUUGCGAGAUGUGCCGGAAGGUGCUAUGUUUCUCCGGCGGCGUUCGGAGAGUCGCGGAAUCUCAGGUUAUCAUUGUCUAAUUUCCGGAGCUUGGAGCCCGCCGGUUUGAUGUUUCGCGGGAAAAGUCAACGGACACUGUCGAUUUCUGCGCGGCAAGGUGAAACGCAGCAAAUCAACGGAAACAUCGUCUGGCAUGCUUGUCCCAUCACUAAACCCGACAGACAAGAACUGAUUAAUCAAAAGGGUUGUGUCAUUUGGAUUACUGGCUUAAGUGGUUCAGGGAAAAGUAGUCUGGCGUGUGCUGUUAGCCGAGCUCUGUACAACCGUGGAAAGCUCUCGUAUAUACUCGAUGGCGACAACGUUCGACAUGGUUUAAACAGCGAUCUUAGUUUCAAAGCGGAAGAUCGAGCUGAGAACAUCCGAAGAGUUGGUGAAGUCUCCAAAUUGUUUGCGGAUUCUGGAAUCAUCUGUAUUGCUAGUCUCAUCUCUCCUUAUCGAAAGGAACGAGCUGCUUGUCGUGCAUUGCUACCGCAAGGAGAUUUCAUCGAGGUGUUCAUGGAUGUGCCACUCCAUGUCUGUGAAGCUAGAGACCCAAAAGGCUUAUACAAGCGUGCACGCGCUGGUGAAAUCAAAGGUUUCACAGGAAUAGAUGACCCUUAUGAACCACCUUUGGAUUGUGAGAUUGUGAUAGAAAACAAGAGAGACGAGAAUUCAUCUUCAUCUCUUUCAGAAAUGGCAGAGAUUGUUGUGUCCUAUUUAGACCAAAAUGGAUACCUCAAGCCGUCGUAGAGAAUCAUCACUCUCCACAUAAGGAUUUGGUUAAUAUGUACACAAACAUGUCUUGUAAUAUGCUCAAAAGUAUCAAUCUCAUCAUCUCAUGUAUCAAUCAUUAACCCGCGUUUUCAUCGUUUGGAAUGCGAUAAUAAAAUCAUUAUUGAUUGUAACGUGCA